AAGGUGCCCUCCCCGCCGUGUGCGCGGUCCGGCGGCCGCUGCUCUCUGCCCACGGACACCCGGCCCGGGGCCGGCCCACAGCGGUAACGCCGCUGUGCCCCUGCCGCGAUGGAGCUCGUUCGAGUUACCUGGAGCAUCCCUGCUGGGAAGCCUCCUCUUGUGGGGAGUGGGGAAGAAGUUUCCAAGCUACUACUCUGUUCAGUCAAUUCAUUUACCAGCUCAGCUGUGACUCACCUGACCAAAGCAAGUCACCUCUUUCUUUCCUUGUCAUAUGAGGGUAAUAACUCAGAGUUAUCUUACAAGGUAUGUGAAGACUAAGUCUUGUAUCUGUAAUUAUGUGACAGAGCAUUGGCCCGUGACCUGCUUUCUGGUGUUGAGAUCAGUGAACUUGUGCCUGAGUUUUACAGCACUCUCCUGUAAGAAACAGCUCUGUUUUGUGCUGUAAGAUGCAUUUCCCCAGUAAAAUUCAGGAAGGUAGCCACUUUAAAUGGAAUUGGGUUUGGUUAGCUUUGUAUCUUUGCAGCUGUAAGUGGCAGAGAAAAAAAAAUAACAUUUCUUAGCUGCUAUCAGUAGAGAACAGCCUUUUGAGAAUUAAAUGUUUUGUGGAGGAAAAAACAAUACCCUAACAAACAUGCCCUUUAAUAUGCAGAAAUGUGCUUUAUUAUCCCUGCUGGCAUGUAACAUAGAAAUGUGUCUUGUUUCUGUUGACCUUAGUAAUUCAGUUUAAUGAUUUGGUUUAGUGGGUGGCCUUUCUAAUAAUUCUGAAGUGUACCAGGGCUUCCCAGCUUUUUUAAUAUGUCCUUUAUGCUGACACAUUCUGUGUGUUACUUGUCUUGUCCUUACCUUUUGUGCGCGUUUUUACAAAUGCUACAACGUAUCCCAAAGUUUUAUUUGAGCUAUACAUUUGACACCAUCAGAUGACAUCUGAUAAUAAUGAGUUGAAGAAUCCCUCUGCACCCUUUAAUAAGUACGUUUUUAGUGUUACACUGUUUUCAGCAUUUUAGGUUUUUUCUUAUUGUGCGAUUUAUGUUGGGAUUUGGGUUCUUUGAUUUGUGGGACUGGUGGGGGUUUUUUGUUCUUUCUGCAAAAUAUCUGCUAAGAGGCCUUAAAAAUGAGAGGAACCAACACUUGGCACUACCUAAACAGGGAGAAGAGCAGCCAACAGCUCUUUAGAGUACUCCAGAUGUGUUCCCUCGUGGAGAGAACAUUUUGCCUCUGCUGGAGGGUGAGAGGAGCUGUGUGGAUAAGGUAGGCUUUAUCUGCAUGUUUAACACACUGUUUCUCAGACUUUUGCUAGUGGCACCCUUGGAUUUACCUUGAAUUUAUCUGUCUUCACUUAAUCUCCUUGAGUCAAAAAAAGCUUUUUGGCUUCAGCCAAAAACAAAUAGCUACCUCUUUUUGGUCAAGUUUUGUGAAAAUUUGUGUUACCAUUUUUGCUUAAAAAAGGCCUUUGACUUAUGAAGCUGCUGUUGACUUUAAUGUGUGUUCAUCAUGUUCAAAACAUGUUUGAAAGGGAGCUUUACACAGCACAACUUCUGAGGUGGCAAAACACCCAAGCAGUGGGGUAAAGAAGCUGUGGGAAAGGUGAGAUGAAAGACAAAUGUUUGGAGUGCGAUAAGUAAUCAAGAGAAGGUUAUAUAUUCCAUUUAUACCUUUUCAGAAAGCUGAAAAGUGUUGACCAGUGAAAGGUGACCCGGCAGGUGAGGAGCAAUGGGUGAGAAGAGCAAAAGGCAGCAAGAGCAAGGACUGGGGUUUCAGACCAAAGCCCCCAAGAGCUCUCGGUGUGGUCUCUUGAGCUGCUGCAAACAGCCCUCAGAGGCUUCACCAUCUCUAAAGAACAAGAGCUUCAUCUACUAAACAGAUGAACUCUGCUGUCCCUGGGCAAAAAACAGUGGUGCAAAGUCUGAAAGGGAGAUUAGUUCGCUGCCUCAUCAAGAAUGUGAUGCUGUAAGAGGAUUGGAUUUGCAUAUCCAAGGAGCAGUGAGUUCUCCUAUAAUUGAUUACUUAGGAUUCUCAACUGAAUGUUUGUUAUGUUGCUCUAAUUGCCCCUACAAAGGUACUUAACUAACAGUCUAUAGGUAAUUUCUCAUGGGCUGCCAGGCAAGUAUUGGUAAUCUCUAAUGGACCAAAAUACAGUUUUGAAGGGAAGGCUCAAGGUCCAUUUACACUUUCAGUGGGAAUUCUUAGAAAUUUAAUCUAUAAUACCAAUUUUGAAUCUAAAGCUUGAGGUAUUCUGUCCUGUGGAAAGUGUAUUUUCGUUCUGAUUUCUUACAGAAGAGCCUGUUGACUGUUUGUCUUGAUAACAAAUAGUUUUAUUCUACAGCCCAGCAAACUUCUCUUCAAAGAAACCCAGCAACUCUUGCAUGAGAGACCUGCAGCCAGACUUUCCAGUGGCUUCAUCUCUACAUAUGUGUUGUUUAAGAAUCCUAGAAUGGUUUGGGUUGGGAGGGCCCUUUAAAGGUCAUUCAGUUCCAAUGCCUUUUAGGACUUUUUUCACUGGAUAAGGUCACUCGACGCCCCAUCCAGUCUGACCUUGGACACUUGCACACAUAUAAUGGAAUUUUGGUAUAAUGCAGACUUUUUAUCUCUAGAAUAAUUUGUCUUUUCAUGUGAUUUUUUUUUAAUAAACUUCUGCUCCUAUAUGCAGUUGCAGCCAUGAACUCUGUUUAAAAAACAGUGUUGAUAUGUUUGUGACUGCAUUGCAGUCUCCACCUCUGAUUCAAUUCAACAUUGGGCAAUGAAUAUAAUAUGAUUAAUUUAAUGGUAACAUGGUUUCUUACUCCUAUGACAUUGCUGAAGGAAUUUAACAGCUGGGGAGCCCAAACACUGGGUGGCAGUGUUGGAGAGGUCCUGGCCUGUGCCAAGUGAAUGAGUUCACUGGCUUUGGCCUAUUUUAUGGAAAUUCAUUUUUCCAUGUGUUUUGUGUCAGUGUGUUGUUUUUUUAAGUUGUUUAAGAAAAAUAGUGGGCUGUGUUUGGAAACUAGCUCUUUGUAUUAUAAUCAUUCACAGGGGUUUUUGUAUUAUUAAAGUUAUUAUUAUCUGUUGGUUUCUGGAUUGAAGAGUGUCUCUCUCUAUUGGUGAUCAUGCUUGUUACCUCUUUGGGACAGAGAAACCUGUAAGCAGCUCCAAGUUCAAUACAGAAGGAGAUGUAUUGUUUUCUUUUUGACUUAAUGUCUUUUGUAGGAUUUAAAAAAAAAAAGUUAAAAGCUGGUGGUCCCUUUAGAGACUGUAGAGGCAGAAAACUGCUCUACCUACCCCUGCUAUGCAGGAGGCUUUGCAUGGUCUCCUUAGUAACCCCUGGUGUGCAGGCUGGACACCCUGAACUGCUUUCUUAGGGCCAGAGGUUGCCUUGUUGGGCACUGCUGGACUGAGACUUAAAGGGCUGUAAAGCCCUCGCUUAACUCUCCUUCCCAGUGACCUCCAGCUCUCCAACUCCUCCAGCAAGCUGUGGUUUCACACCCAGGUCCUUCUGGCUUUCCUGUGAAUCUACCCCUGUGAUUGCCAGGCUGUCAAAUGGAGGCUGCAGCUCAGCUUGCAGGUGGUCACUGCAGGUGGAUCGAUGCCCCCUCACGAUACACUGGUGUGUGCUGAGAAGUGCCCUCAGUGAGAUCACUCCUCAUACUGUCACUUUUGAAUAGUUUGGUUUGACAACAGGCUUAUUGCACAGCACAAAGACAGGCCAGCCAGAGGGGGGAACUUUUGCAUCCUGAAAUCAAAAUAUAGUUUUCAUUUUUGCGUGUUAUAAAAUAAAGCUUUGCCCAAAAUAAGAAAAGGAGGAAUUUCUGUAGAGAGGUUGUCCUGAACCAAAAGCUGGUUUUGAGCAUGUGACAUGUAAAUUGUUGGCUGAUGGAUGAGCCUGAAUAUAAAAAUGUUACAGUCGAUACUUUCUUUACAAUGGACGAGAUCAGAAUUCUGUUUGCAGACUUUGAGCCUCAUUACAAAGCCUUUAUCUCCUUUCCACUCAUCACUCAUAUAUUUUUUUGUAAUUUUAAGUGUUUGCUCUGUAGGAUUUAAAUAUACUUCUAUUGGCUAUAAACCUACAGGAAGGGAGGGACAUCCACCAGAAAAAGGGUGUUUUUAAACCAGUGAUUCUGAGUGUACUGCUUCCUUUACUUUAAGUUUUGCUUUUAUGUUGUGAAGAAUUAUCAGGAAAUGUCACAUCUGGUAUGUUUCAGAAAAGCUGCAACAAAGUUAUUUUAAUAAGGAAAAUGAAUGCAUGAAUUAUUUAAAAUAGUUGGUGCAACUGUUCCUAUUAACUAAUCCAGGCACUUGGAAGGCAAUUACACUGAGCUUUGACAACAUUGCCAACCCACUGCACAGUGCCUUAUGCCAAAAGCUAUUGUUGUUUUAUUGACCACGUUCACCAUUACAUAUGCAUAUGAAAAAACAGAGGCAUUUUCAUCGGGAUUACCCUAAUAGCAUUAAGAGAUUAUUUUUUAAAUUUCCUUGGAAGGAAAUUCACUUAAAUGAGAUUACUUAUUACUUGACUGGUUUCCUAUCAUGCUGCUAUGUUUAGGUAAGUGGAGUCCAUUAGAGUAUAAAGUUUUUUAAAAAACUGAUUUUAUACAUUAAUGAUUUCAAAUAAAAGACAAGUACUAUAUUUGUGCACAGCUUCUUUUGAGAAAGUUAAGUCGAUGCUCUGGUUAGGAGAGAUAACACUUUUUGUCCCCCUUGGUGGCCCCCCUAGUGUCACCAUUAGUUGCUAAUUACUCGCAAACAAAUAAACAAUUAACUCCUCGUGCCUCUUGGUGGGAGAGUUUUCAUUGACAUGCUAAAACUUUCUAAUAAAAGAUUUUAAUUAAUGACGUUGCAAAUCCAACCCCCUUGUCAACACAGCUAUAAGGGCUUGUGGAGAAAUGCGAGUGCAGCGUCCCUGCGAUGCUGGCCGAGGGGGAGAGCGUGGCUGGGCCAUCGCUGUGUGCUGCCACCGCAGCAGCAGCGCCUCAGAACCUCCACAGAGUGUCUGCCUUCGUAGGGAAUAAAACCACCCAGUGCUCGUUUUCGAUUGAAAGUAUUUUGGGACUGGAGCAGAAAAAAGAUGGCAUUCCAGCUGUGAAACCUCACAGACCCUGGAUGGAUGCGUGCACCAGCUUGGUUUUAGGUGAUGACAGUAAUCCCCAUCUGCAAAUCCCUGUUGUUUGCUAUGACAAUCCAUUAUUUCAUGCUAACAGUGAUCCAGUGCAAGAGGAAAAAGUUUGGAAAUAUGAAAAAUAUUUUUCAGUCACUGAAAGGCUGUCUUUCAAACGGGAAUUGAGCUGGUACAGGGGUAGAAGACCAAGAACUGCAUUCACUAGAAACCAGAUUGAAGUCUUGGAAAACGUUUUUAAAAUGAACUCCUACCCUGGCAUUGAUAUAAGAGAAGAGCUAGCUCGCAAAUUAGACUUAGAUGAAGACAGGAUCCAGAUCUGGUUCCAGAACCGUCGUGCAAAGCUGAAAAGAUCACACAGAGAAUCUCAGUUUCUAAUGGUGAAAAACACUUUCACCUCCAGCCUGCUAGAGUAGAAAGAAGGAUGGUUUGGUGUCACAGUACUGUAGCAGAGCACGAAGAAUUAUUAAUAGCCUGUAUUAAGUAAUGACAUAGUAAUUAUGAUUUUAUGCUCAGAUUUGAAAGUUUAUUAUAAUUUUCAUUCAAAUAAACUGUAAAUAUUUGAAGUAUUAUCACAAUCUACUUUUUGUGGAAAAAGGGAACUAUUCCUAUAUAUUUGAAUAAGUGUUUUCAAGGAAGUUUAGAUAUUUUUGCCGUUUAAAGAAAUACAAACUCUAGGUCGUACAAGAUUUUCAGCUACUGUGAAUUGCUACAGCUUAACUGGAGAUGAUUUGACAAAACUUGAAGAUUUUUAAAAAAGUCUGUUUAGAGUAUGAAAUACCUAAUAUGCAAAAUAGAUUUUGCUGCCAGAAAGAGACUAUGUGUUACACUGGAAUUUAAAUAGUUUAUUUAUAAAGAAUAUGAUAGUUUUCUAUAAAGAAUUAUAUUCUUUAUGAAAACUAUCUCAAAUGGAAGGCGUAAUAUUCAACUGACUGUUUAGUUUGAACAAUUGUCCAGUUAAAAGAAGCUGAAAAUUAUAAUCUUUAUAUAUAAUUUUAAUUAAUUUAGGAUAUUUGCCUAUUUAAUACUUCAACUUGGAUAUCUCCUCUCUUGUCAGUGUAAGUGUUCCAGUUAUGGAAGUUGCCCUAUUAUCUUUUAAUGCCAGAAUGUAGUGUUUCACAGGAUCAAAUCAGUUGGGACCAGACCAGAUAUCCACAUCAUUGCCAUUAAUUUUAGGGUGUGGGAUUCAUUUUUAUCAAACAUUACAUGCAAGUUAAUUAUCCUCAUAUUUGAUAUUCAGCCUGAAGUCAAGGAGAGAGCCUUAUACACAUAAAACAAACCCACCCAACUGAAGUGCUGAGGUCCUUCAGUGAGGCUUCAGCCUGUGUUUCUUACUAGACAUAAAUCCUGCCUAAAUCCAUAAAUUCUGUCAUGAACAGGCACAGUAUUGCUCUUCCUUCCUCCAUGCUUUUAUCCCUGAUAUCUGCUGUCUUACAGAAUGAAAGGUAAGUUUGAGAAAAUGGGACAAUGGAACAAAAAUCAUUUUAUGUAAUCUCAUACUAGGAAAAGCUAAAGGGAAGGAUGAUCUGCCUUCAGUCCUUACUUAGCAUUUUGGAUGAUAGGUUGAGCUAUGGGAGUUUAAAUAAAAACAUUCCUAUAUUUUAUGAAAAAUAUUGCUGAAAAAGAUGCAUUACUUUAGAACAGGUGGUGGCCAUUUCAUGUCUUUAACUUCACUGACUCAUUGCCUUCAUUUUUUUAACAUAGAAUCCUUAAAAUCAUGUAUUGUUUGCAUUUCUCUGGGAAAUCUUAAUGUGAAAAUAACAAGCUUUUAUCCAAUAUUGAAAUGUUAAUUUUCUGUGUUUUGUUGGAUUUGAGAAACAACAUUCCUAACUGAACUUCUGUUGUAUCCUGCAUUCCAAAAUAUUUAAGAGGACAUUCACAAAUAAAGCAACCAUAUGAGCCAAACCCAUUAGGAAUAGUUUUUAGAGAAAUUGAAAUAUCAAUUCAGAUACCUACCUGUUCUGGUGAAGCCAAUAUUGGAAAUGCAUUCUUCUGUUUUGUUUUCCUUCACACCUCAAAACAUGUAUUGCCCAUAGCUUAACCUUAUUGCAGGUAAUCUGAAACUAUUGUCUGCUUUACUGCUGGAAACCUUGUUAGGUUAGACUAAUCUGUGCAGAUUGAUGCCUAAGAACCCCACUCUAUUAUCUGGCAAACACCUCAAUACGCCUGAUGUCUCCAAUAAUGGAACUGGUCUCAAGUGACGGGAAGUCUGACAAAGGAAUUGAAGAGAAGGAGUAGAAUAGUGGCAGAAUAAUUAUAGCAGCAGCCCCGGUAUCCAGCUCUCAAUUAGCAGAUGUUACCAGCAGCGUGACCGGUUGGUGUGAACUACCGAGGGUGUCCCACAUAGUGCUGAGGGGCACAAAGUUUAAAAGUGUCGCUGUAUUAUUUGCUUUGUCCUGGCUUAGGUUGUUCUUCCCAAAGUAAAGGCAUUGGCAAAUCAAAGGAGAAGUUUUAACUUCACAUUUCUGCUUACAAAGUGGAAAUGAUCAUUGUGUGAGGGAAUGCUGGGGCUGCUCAGCCUCUUGGGGGGUGUGGGGGUGUCAGGAUCCCAGCUGAUUGCAUUACAAAGGGAGUUCAUGUGGUCAGACAGGAUUGUUGGUGAGGGAGGGGAAUCCAGGGCUGCUAAAGAGCCUUCGGUUCUAGAUUCCUUUAUGGGGAAACAGUGCUUUGACUUGUGUGACGUGAGGGGAAAGGGUUAGACAGAAAACCUGGAAGACUGAUCUUUCUGUUUUGGGCACCCAAAGCUUGUACAGGUGGGGCCAGCUGUAUUGUCAGGAGAGUUCCAGGCAGUGCUGUGUUAGCACAGCACUGUGGCUUUGCUUUCGUAGAUUGACAAGCCAACUGGAACACCGCUCAGUGUUUGUGGAGUUUAGAAGCAGCAAUAAAUGGGAUUUCUUCUCACAUUUGUUUUUUUGCAGGACGCUGUUUAUUAAGCAGUGAGGUAAGAACAUGAUCAGAAAUGCUCAGGGAUCCACAGCUUUGGUGUAGCUGUGGUGUAAUUGCCGGUGACUUUCAUAUCCCUGGGUACGUUUUAGAUUGGAUCAUAUGGGUGUGCUGUGGGGAUGGUGUUAGAGUGACAGUAAGUAAUGCAUUGCCUGUGCUUUAAUAAUAAGAAGACAAAAAGAUAAAAGAAGGAACAAAAAAGCAAUGAAAGAUGGGAUUUGCAGGUGUGUUUUGAUCUGUGUUGUGAAUUGGUGGGUGUAAAUUCCAGUGCCUGGAGCAAAGAGAACGUCUGUGGAUUCACACAGGCACCAGUAAUGCUUUUCACAUCCAUUUUCAAGCAGGGUCCUCUGGCUCAGGAUGUUGGAAGGAUCUGCUGUGUGUAGAGGUAAAACUGAUACAAUACCUAGAUUUUAAGGGAAAUGAAUAUUCCUUCUCUCUGGAUUUACAUUCCAGUGUUUUUCCUUUCCUACCCCCUUAACCAGUUUUCCUCUACCACUGUGAUGGCUCAAGAACCCAAGGAGUAUAGUCUGUCACUCUUUUCUUUGAUCUUGUGCAAUUUGGAGCAAAAAAAGGACAAAAGUUAGCAGGUGGUAUAAGAUAGUCCUCUUCAUUAAAAAUUAUCUAUGUUAUUAGUCUUGUUAUUAAUCACUAUAAAAUUUUGUGAAUUUGCCAUUUUUAAAUUGCAUAUGUUUCAAACUCAUUAUCUCAUUGUGACCUUUAAAAACCCCUCCAUAACCUUGCACCAACUCAAUUAUUGUACCUUUUUUCUUCUAAUCCUUUCUUGCUCUUUUAGCACUGAAUUUUUAUUUUAGCAGUCCAUGUCAUUCAUUUUACUCCUUCUAAGGUUUUAAAUGUCUGUCCACGAUUUCUAGAUUCUGUGGCAGUCUUUUGUCUGUGUAUAACAAAACAAAGUUUUAUAUAUUAAAUGAAAAGGAAUAUAUAUCUUUUAAUGAUAGAUUUCACACUUUUAACCUUUGUGAUUGUAUUGCAUGGAUCACAGUAAUACUCCAAAAUACCUUGGGAUUCAGUUUCUAUGAACGAUGCUAUAUUAAGGAAAUUAAGAAGACAACAGAUGAAGUAUUCUGCAGUAACGAUUGUUGGCUAUUUAUUUUGCUUUCUCAUAUUAAAUUAGGCUUUCAAGUCAUAAAUUUUGAGCCAGUCUGUAGUUGAACUGCCUAUAAAAGUGCUGGGCUGCUUCUGCCCUCUGCUGGUUGGAGUUGCUAUUUACAGUUCUGCACCUUCAUGGGAUUUAAUCCGGCAUUCCCGAGCGGGGCUGUGGGCACGGCAGGACCCUCCCACGGGGAAUCACUGCCCCUUUGAACUGUUCAGACUCGGUGUCUGAAUUUAUUCCGCCUGCACACACGUGCUUCAGGUCAGGCUGAUUGGCAAAAGCUCCGAGUGGUCAAUAAUGAACAGAACACAGUGAAAAUCAGUGGGUGCUUAAUGUUUUUGAUGGUCUGAACAGCCAGUCUUUUAAAAUCUUGCCUCGAUUAUUUCUAUAUUUGAGAAAGGAGUUCUCAGGAGGAAUUUAUUCACAGGAAGGGUCGUUAACCAUUGGAAUGGGCUGCCCAGGGAGGUGGAGUCACCAUCCUCGGCUGUGCUCAAGAAACAACUGGAUGUGGCACUUCGUGCCAUGGCCUGGCUGACAAGGUGGUGUUCUGCUUGGCAAAAUGGACUCGAUCUUAGAGGUCUUUUCCAACCAAAAUAAUUCUGUGAAACCAUUUGGCAAAGUAGCCAGUAAUCCUAAAAAACCACUCCUCAUUAUGGUAUAAAACUUAGAAUGAUUUCCAGUAUUACAUCUACUGAUAUAAUUCUUCUGAGAUAAUAAAUACAGUGUUGUCAAUGCAAAUGUUGCCAGGCAGGAGCACUUAUUGCCACCAGGAUUUUAAUUUUUCAUUGUUUUGUCAUAUUAGAAGGAUAAGAAAUUACUUCGUGUUGUUUAAAUACUGUGGAUUUUUUAACCGUUUCUCUUGCAUUUCAAAGCAUUCAGUCAGAGUAAAAUAGUAAAAAAUAUUACAGUGGCCACUUAAAUUUCUGUCAGGAUUCAAAUAUUUGUAAGUUCCCAGGUAAGGUAUUUGGAUUGAGACAUACAGUGCAAUGCAAUUCUCUCACUGUAGAGAUGCAUCUUAUUCUGUGCUACAGGAUGUGGUUAUCUGACUAUUUCUGCAAAUUGCUCUAAUUAGUUUUGGCAGAGAAAGGAAGUUCCAGGGCAGCAUUCUCAGGAGGCACCAGCUAAGGCUGGAGACUUCAAGGCAUAAGUUGGUUACAUGUAAAUUCCAGUUUAGGAGUGGUGUUUUCAGUGGUUGCUACUAUUACAGUCUAAUUAGAAACAAUAAUUAUCUGUUGUAACUGACCAUAUUAACAGGCUUUAACUUUCCAUGGAAGUGUUAACAAAUCUUGUUCAUUCCAGUCUUUUAUUAUCUGCAUAUUCAUCUUAUUAUUUCCAAAAAUAAGCAGCUAACUCAAUCCUGAUAUCCAACUGCUUCAAAUUUGUGUUUUAAAAUAAUGUGCCAGACUCUAGAUAAACAAAACCUUGAGUUUGUUUGUUUGAGAGGCAGGGCUGCCAGCAACAAUUGUCAUUCCUAGCAGGGCCCUUUCUCUGGUUUGUUUUUGUUUUUUUUUUUUUUAGCCCAAUCAUGUAGAAUUGCUGUGCAUUCUUUUGUAAAUCUGUUCUAAAAUGUUUUAAAAUUACACUAGAAUAUUUUGGGAAAUAUCUCUCAUAUAAACAAAAAUUGCAAUUCCCAUAUGCCUCUAGCCUUGGUAUUUUCUUUGUGUGUGUGUAUUUUCCCCCGGUGGGAGUAGAAUGAGGUGCUGUUGACAAAGGGCUUUCCAAUCUUCUUCCUCAAUGGUUGCACAACAGUAAGAUUUUUUUUUUUAAUUCUUCCAGCCAUGUUCCUAUUGUUCUCCAACAGUAUCUGUUACUAGUGUCUCUAUGCAUUUUAAUUGCAAAAAUUUUCAAAGCAUUUCCUUCAGCUUUAAUUACCCUCAGCUUUUGGCCUCAAAUAACAAAUGAUGUCAUCAUGAGGUGCUUGAGCAAAUAGCUCUCCCUCAGUUAAAUGGGAAAGGGUUUAAGGCAGGUUAUGCUCAGUGAGGGGUCCCUCAGUGUGCUAGGAUUAAUUUUGCAGACAUUGCCACAGUACGCUGUUGAAUUGCAGAGUAGACUGUUAAAUCAGGUUCGGGUUGUUCCUCCACCCCCUCCCUCCCCCGGAUUUUCCUGCAGAAGGAAAAUGACAAGCUGGCUGGCUGGAAAGGAUUGUGCUGCAAUAAGAAAGGGCUGAGGAGAACUAAAACUGGGAAACUUUUGUAAAGAUGUUACUUUAUUAGCAUUUCUUGCAUUUAUUUAAACUGCACUGGGGGGAUCUGGGUUUGCAUUUUUCAUAGUUGUUCAAGGUGAAAUCUCUAUAUUGC